AUGGAAAUAAGAGCGUUUCGCAAACGGAAUACUAGUGACCAUCCCAAGAACCUGUUCCCUGGUGCAGAUGGGAAAAAUGUUUGUGUCCGCGCUGUUCUUCGGCGGAAUGAAGUUGUGGUUACCAGGGCUAGUGACGUGAAAAUACUGAAUACUCAAGGAUGCUUUGGGAAAUUGAUCGAAUUCGUGGCGGAAUCUGAAACCGAACAAAUGCUGCACAAGCGACGUAAACUUUGGAGUGAUCCUUCCUGUAAGUUCAGCUGCACUUCACGUCUGAGCAGUUUGUCUGAAUCAAAUGAAUUCUCACCUGCCGUUACGACCGUUGAUACAGAAACCUUCGCAGAAACCGAUGCCGAGAUGUUCGAAGGUCAACUCGGAAACGUUGAUUCGAUUGGCGAUUCAUUGCCAACCGAAUUGCUCACGAAGGACAAUUUCGCAGGAAGAUUUCAAUGUGAAAACUCUCAGUCAGUGGUAUCGUCUUGUAGUCCAAGUCAUAUGCUGUUUCUCUGCGCAGAAGAAGUGUUCUUCUUGACGAGUGAACUUGGUUGCUUAGAAGUUGAACAUGACGGCAUAAUUCUUUCUUUAGAGGAAUUAUGGUCGGCUUUGAAUUCCAGUGAUGUCAGCUUUCUUGCUCGGUACGCAGCUUACUUGCAUCUAAGACAAAAACGGUGGGUGGUGAAACCUGGAUUGCGAUUCGGAGUGGACUGGUUGCUGUACAAGGAUGGGCCUAAUUUUUUUCAUGCUUCGUUGGCCGUCAAAGUUGUUUACGAUCACUGCAGUUCGCGAGAAAAGGGUGACUUGACGUUGUCUCAACUCCGCCGGCUCGCACGUAUCUGUAUAUCCGUAUCAAAACAGCUAUUGGUUCUCACUGUGAUUAUUCCUGACACAGUUGAGAUUCCUACCAAGGCAAUUGAUGUUCGGCUAGUGACUGUUGUUACGAGUCUUGUGCAGAGGUGGAAUGAACUGUGAUGGAUGCUUUCA